ACAACCCUAGCCCAUACUGGUGUGCUGAGGCGGAGAGCACCGCGUCGUGGACAGUCAAUCACAAUGCAAAAAAAAAUUAACGCACUGGACUCGCAACAACUCUUACUACGGCUUCUCUUCAAAAACAAUAACAGAGGUUGCCGCACGGAUUACACGCUUCUUUAGAAGGAGGAUCAUAUUUCGACUGGGUUUGCGCGUGUGGAAGGAAAAUGCCCUUCUACAAGCGCACGCUAGUUCCCAAGGAUGUCUGUAGAAACGACACGAAGAGGCCAAAUGCGAAUUUCGGGGACUUGGUGGACGUGUGCGGGUUCUCUCUGUGUUCGGUGCUCCGACAGCUCUCGGAUUUAUCACGACAGUCCGUCAGCAUCUUGGAAGAGCUCGAGGGCGAGCUCGUGUCUGUCUGUCUCCGGUCGGAAACGCUCGAGGGCAAGGUGAUUAGUUUACAACGGCACAUCACCGCGCUCUCCAAAAAGCCACCGCCAAAGACCACUACCAUCUUGGACGCGGAGCCGAAGCGUAGCGCGGCGUCGUCGUCGACGGCGGCGGCCCACUUCCGGUCUCCAUGGCAACAGAGUGUUAAUGUGUUUGGCUCGUGGAGCAGGCCGGACUGUGUUCAGGAGUUACACCAGGAGGCUCAGCUUAACCUGCAGAGUCUGCUGCAAGACUUUGAAGAGCAGCUGUAUGACACCAAGUUAACAGGCCAGACGUUCCGCCACCCCACAGUGUCUUCCCAGACUUCUGGCGAUACCACCACCCUGAGUCGUUCCCCUAUCUCCCUCAACAACAAGAGACCUGAAUUCCUCUUCCUGCCGGCGUCUAAGAGGCAGGUGUGUGAGGAGGAUGAGACCUCCUCAGUAGGAAUCAAUAGGGGUGUAGACCCGUCCCCCUCCCCAUCACCCUGUGGGUCAGAUCGCCCUCUGGUGGUGUGGAGUAGUACCUCUCUAGGACCCCCCGUGGCCGAGAAACCCCGCUGGCACCUGGGACAACGGACACCCGCUCACCUGCUGCCCCCCGACGUCACAGGUGAGGGUAAAGUCCUGGACGUAGACCUUCUCCAGGGCUCCUGUUCCCCCUCUCUGUCCCUGGGCUGCGGCAUCACCGAUCAGCCCCGGUCUCUGGAGCCCGUCUCAGACACCCCUGUCCAGCACCUUACCCUGAGGAAGACCCACAGUGACCUGGACCUCAGCCUCAGCCUGCCCCAGUCCCCCUGGACUCCACCUCCUACCCUGGGCACCAUGGACCACUCUGCUACCCUUCUCUGCUCCAACUCCCCGUCUCAGUCCUGGAACGGCCCUAAAGGCUCUACCUUCUCUCCUGGAGUCUGGAGUGAGGCCUAUAGUUAUAAUUUAGCUCCCAAUCCACUAGGGAAGGGACCGGCGACCAUGCCCAAAACGGUGGGGAUGGUUGGGGGGGUAGGGGGGCAGGGUGGAGGGUUGAUGUGCCCCUCUCAGACCAGUUUGGGACUCUCCGGGAGCUCGGGGUCACAGUCUCACUCUAGUUCGUUCACGUCGAUAUCGGAGUCGUCCUGUCUCAGGCACCCGGUAACCAUGGUUAUGAUGAUGGGGAGGCGGAGCGAAACAGAGGGCGCAGCGGCUAGCCCUGCAGGGGGACAAAUGGGGUCAGAAAGAGGGGUGGGAGAAGGAGAAAGGAGGGAGAGGUCAGCACAUUCCAUCGCUGCGGCCAACGCAUUCAAGUUCCGCGAGCGCUCUCUCUCCACGCCGACAGACUCCGGUUCGUUCUGCUCCACAGAUAACGUCAGUGGCGGGAUGUACAGUGUCACUGGGGUAACAGGAGCCGGUAACGGGACGAACGGAGGUGUUCCAACAGAAAUGCACAGCCACCACCACUAUCAGCCCCGUGGUGAGAGGGGGGAGAGCUAUGCCCUCCUGUAUCCCAGCGGGAGCUCUGAGGACGGUAGCGCCAGCGUCGACAACAUCUCCAUAACCGACGGCAACUUCCCCCAGGACGGUCGCCUACGGUUACGCUCUCGCUCUAUCUCACUAAAGAAGUCCAAACACAAACCCCCUCCGCCCAUCCGGAGUGUCUCGCUCAUGAAGAAUUUAGGGGACGCCGAUGGGCAUGUGCACGGCCGUGACAGGGGUCACUACAGGGAAGGACGCCCCAAAUCCCUCCACAUCCCACGGGAACACCUCCAGGACUUCCAGCCAAACUUUCUCCUACCCUCCUCCUCCUGCCUCUCCAAGCCUGAUCUGGAGGAUCCCGAGCUGGGCUACGGUGGGAUGGACGGGCCCCCUGGCCUGGAGGUCCAGGGACCCAACAACACAGAGCUGUCCUCUCCAGCCCACUGGCAGCUGGGGGAGUGGAAGUCUUCUGAUCCAUACCAGUCAUGGUCUGGGUCUAGCACCGCCACAGGGACUACUGUCAUAGACUGUAUGAAGGUUCGAGGCAGUUCAGAGUCUCUCCUGGAUUCCCCGUCUACCUCCCGAGCCUCCUCUCCCUCCCUCCUCUCCAUCGAGUCGACCAAAGCCUCCUCCCCCUUCAAGCCUCCAGGACUCAUGUCCCCUUCCAGCGGCUACUCUAGCCAAUCAGAGACACCCACGCCCAUCACCCCCUCCAAUCAGGUCACAGGAACAACAACAGGGCCCGCCUCCACAUUUGGGUGUAAGAUGCGCCCCAAAAUCCCCGAGAGGAAGUCUUCGCUGCCGGUGACCUCGCCGCGUGACCCAGCCGCCCGGUCGAGGCUUUCCUUCGAGAUGCCGGUUAACGCUCAUCUAGACUUGUCCUCCAUCAAACCGAAACAGAAAGCCAGCAGGCGUCAUUCUGACACAUCCACUGCAGCCAAGCCCGGUAAACUGAGUUCCGGCAGUCAAUCAUCUCUCCCCGUGGUGACCACGAACGAGCUGCGGACCAUCCGCCUGCGUUCCGUCUCCCGUACUGACCUGGAAGACUUCCCAGACGGAGCCUCUGAUGACAUUAUCGAGGAGGAGCAGGGUCUUGACCUUUCCCCCCCUGGUGUCAACUCCCUCGGGCCCCUCGUUGCCUCCAAACCCAAGCCUCCGGUCGCGGUGAAACCCCCGUUACCCAAACGGCCCUUCAACCUCCUUCUCAAGUGCCCCUCCUCCUCUCCCGUUGAUUCCGAAUCCUCCCCUGCCUCCCCCAAUGACCCUCCCCGGCCCAUGCCCAACCCCAGCAUUUACAUGGUGGUAGGUAGGAAGCCCAAGCUGAAGAAAGCCCUCCCUCACACCCCCACCAGCCCUUGUGGACCCCUGGACCAAACCCAAACCUUCCAUCUCCAUCACCCCCAGGGUCUUUACAAUCUCCCCUCCUUCCCCCACAUCCAGUCCCUGUACGACCUCCCUCCUCUCCCCCUGCCCCAGCCACUGCUGGAGGACCCCACCUUGGAGCCGGAGUUCGACCCAGACUCGGAGCUCCAUAUUGGGCUUGAGGGUGGAUGGUCGCUUCCCUCUCCCUGUAGUAACCUAGAGGUGAUGGAGACUCAGGAUAAGAGCAGGACCCUCCCCAGCAGGAUGACCAUCUCCUGUCUGGCCGAACUGGACAAGAAGAAACCCAAGGUUCCUCCACCAGUUCCCAAGAAGCCCAACAGUCUCCUUCUUCCCUCCAACUCCACCACGGUUCAUUCCAAGGGUUCCACCGACAGACAGGGAACACAGAUGGACGGCCCAGCCGCUCUCCGCUCUCCUGUUGGAGCCUCCCCACCUGAGGAGAUUCCCGGUAAAGAGGAAAACCAGGAAAACCACCUGGGAACAGAUGAGGAGAGCUCAAUGGAGUCUUCGUUACACUCUUCAUUGCAGGAUUGUUCUCUUACAGACCUGGAGGGGAGGAUGGCCACUGUAGAGAUAGGGACAGGUGAUGAUUCAGUGGAGGAGAACGUUGAGCACAGUAGUUUGGACUUUAGUGGUAAAACGGACCUCCACAUCACAGAGGAAACGGAUGACGAUGUCGGUGGACACACACCCAGCACACACAACAUGGAGGAUCUCUUCACCAAAAUACACAGGUCGAAGAGAAAAGUCCUGGGUCGUAAAGAACCAGGGGACUCAUUCGGCAGCCGCCAGAGUCUGGUCUCCCCAGUGAAGCACAGCACCAGCGGGGGUGACCUCCAAACCUUGACCCUGGGCUCCACUCUGCGGUCCAGCUCGCGGAACGACAACUUCAUGGCCCUGUUACAGAAGAAGGGCAGUAAGUCCAGCAGGGGAGGGACACGCCUCUCUGCCAUGGAGCUCCUGAAGAGCACGAACCCCCUCGCGAGACGCAUCACGGAAUUCUCCACGUCGUCGGACGGAGGAGGGGAUACGACCACCGGUAAGAACAGGACCAGACCGCCCCAGGACCAAUGAGUCCCGGACCGACCCUCUCUCUCUCUCCUACUAAAGAGAUUCUUGCUGUAACCUCACCAACACCAACAGCGGGCUGGCAAAGUAGAGGUUGAAUAUAUAACCACUUGCCGACCAUUGAUCGACAAUGUAAAUGGACCAUUGAUGGAAGAAUGAAUAUCCAGCCAGACCACUCAACCACUGAUGGACCGAUCAUUAACCGCCCAACGGUUGGACACGAUGGUCACAGCGGUCAUCAAAGGAGUUUUGUUUCCAGACACGGUCCAUGCUGUUAUGAAGGUGUUUCAUUUGCUAAGGUCUCAACUCAGUCCAUGCUGUUAUGAAGGUGUUUCAUUUGCUAAGGUCUCAACUCAGUCCAUGCAGUUAUGAAGGUGUUUCAUUUGCUAAGGAGGAAUUUUGAGUCGAUGCUUCGAUUCAUCAAUCCCGUUCUCAUAUUUUUUACUUUGCUGUGUGAAUAGUACUGUGCAGCCAGGCUCAUUGUGUGAAUACUAUACUAGGGAAAGAAGGAAAGAUUAGAUAUUACCUUCACUCUGGGAGCCUGAACGUAUGACUGUCAAUGAUGUGGAAAUGAAUCUGAUUCAACCAUGGAUACACCACCAGUGUCUACUAUCAACGCUCCAUCCAACAACAGCCAGAGUACAGGCCAAUGCUGGUCAAAUAAACCACAUUGAACUUAAGGCUUUUGAAUACAUGGUGUGAGUAUGUGUUAUAUUAAAAACAAGAAUGGUCAUGUACUAUGGUUAUUACGUAAAGUCCAAAACAUUCUACAGGAAGAUGGACAGUUGGACCUGGUACCAAGCCCUACCCCUUUACGUUUGAAUCAAAGGACUUGGGCGACGGCAUACAGAACUAGUUCACAACAACGACGGCAUACAGAGGUAGUUCACAACAACUACGGCAUACAGAGGUAGUUCACAACAACUACGGCAUACAGAGGUAGUUCACAACAACGAUGGCAUACAGAGGUAGUUCACAACAACGACGGCAUACAGAGGUAGUUCACAACAACGACGGCAUACAGAGGUAGUUCACAACAACUACGGCAUACAGAACUCGUUCACAACAACGAAGGCAUACAGAGGUAGUUCACAACAACGAAGGCAUACAGAGGUAGUUCACAACAACGAUGGAAUACAGAGGUAGUUCACAACAACUACGGCAUACAGAGGUAGUUCACAACAACGACGGCAUACAGAGGUAGUUCACAACAAUGAUGGCAUACAGAGGUAGUUCACAACAACGAAGGCAUACAGAGGUAGUUCACAACAACGAAGGCAUACAGAGGUAGUUCACAACAACGAUGGCAUACAGAGGUAGUUCACAACAACGACGGCAUACAGAGGUAGUUCACAACAACGAAGGCAUACAGAGGUAGUUCACAACAACUACGGCGUACAGAACUCGUUCACAACAACGAAGGCAUACAGAGGUAGUUCACAACAACGAUUGCAUACAGAGGUAGUUCACAACAACGACGGCAUACAGAGGUAGUUCACAACAACGACGGCAUACAGAGGUAGUUCACAACAACGACGGCAUACAGAGGUAGUUCACAACAACUACGGCAUACAGAACUCGUUCACAACAACGAAGGCAUACAGAGGUAGUUCACAACAACGACGGCAUACAGAGGUAGUUCACAACAACGACGGCAUACAGAGGUAGUUCACAACAACGACGGCAUACAGAGGUAGUUCACAACAACGACGGCAUACAGAGAUAGUUCACAACAACGACGGCAUACAGAGGUAGUUCACAACAACGACGGCAUACAGAGGUAGUUCACAACAACUACGGCAUACAGAGGUAGUUCACAACAACGACGGCAUACAGAGGUAGUUCACAACAACUACGGCAAACAGAACUCGUUCACUACAACGACGGCAUACAGAACUCGUUCACAACAACUACGGCAAACAGAACUCGUUCACAACAACUACGGCAUACAGAGGUAGUUCACAACAACUACGGCAUACAGAGGUAGUUCACAACAACGACGGCAUACAGAGGUAGUUCACAACAACUACGACAAACAGAACUCGUUCACAACAACGACGGCAUACAGAACUCGUUCACAACAACUACGGCAAACAGAACUCGUUCACAACAACUACGGCAUACAGAGGUAGUUCACAACAACUACGGCAUACAGAGGUAGUUCACAACAACGAUGGCAUACAGAGGUAGUUCACAACAACUACGGCAUACAGAGGUAGUUCACAACAACUACGGCAAACAGAACUCGUUCACAACAACGACGGCAUACAGAGGUAGUUCACAACAACUACGGCAUACAGAGGUAGUUCACAACAACUACGGCAAACAGAACUCGUUCACAACAACGGUGGCAUACAGAGGUAGUUCACAACAACUACGGUAUACAGAGGUAGUUCACAACAACGAUGGCAUACAGAGGUAGUUCACAACAACUACGGCAUACAGAGGUAGUUCACAACAACGGUGGCAUACAGAGGUAGUUCACAACAACUACGGCAUACAGAGGUAGUUCACAACAACGACGGCAUACAGAGGUAGUUCAUAACAACUACGGCAUACAGAACUCGUUCACAACAACGACGGCAUACAGAGGUAGUUCACAACAACUACGGCAUACAGAACUAGUUCACAACAACGACGGCAUACAGAGGUAGUUCACAACAACUACGGCAUAUGUGUACACAGAAUGGUGUACACAUAUGUGUACACAGAAUGGAACCCUGUGGAUCUUUCCUAAGGGAGAGUCUGAUACAGGUUGGGUUGAUUAAACAGGUUUAGACUACAGGUCUCUGUUAGGACCAUUAGACUGCUACGCCAGAAAACACCCAGGGGUUUAUACUAGAGGAGGGUCAUUGGGGCGUGUCUACUGUAUGUGUGUGUGUGUGUGUCUGCAGAUAAGGGGUUAAUUCAUUCGUCCUAAGGAGAGAAUGAAGUGGUCUGAACGUGGCUGUACUCUUUGGAGACAUUCUGGACCUGAAGGGAUUCUAGAACUGAGGUGAUUCUAGAACUGAGGUGAUUCUAGAACUGAGGGGAUUCUAGAACUGAGGGGAUUCUAGAACUGAGGGGAUUCCAGAACUGAGGGGAUUCUAGAACUGAGGGGAUUCUAGAACUGAGGGGAUUCUAGAACUGAGGGGAUUCCAGAACUGAGGGGAUUCUAGAAAUGAGAUUAGAACACACUGUAUCGAACAACUAUCUCAAAACUCACAGAGACAAAACAAGAAUAGAGCUGUUUCUCCAUCUGACAUAGAGAACCAUAAAACAGGAUAAGGAUGCAUCACCACGUUCUUUGUGCCCUCGCCACACGCUUUCUCUCUCACACUGUCCAUGUAGUGCAGUGGUGAUACUGCAGCCUUUUCCUCUCCUUUACCUUCCUUCUACUCUUCUCCUCCCUAGCUGGAAUUCAUGCUCUGUCUCUCUCUGCCCAUAGUGCAGCCCCACUCCUCACCUCCCCCUUCCUUUCAUCUCCCAUCCUUUCCCU